AUGAGAAUUAUUUUCAUUGUAUUAAUCAGCAUUUGUCUUGCAAAUAAAACACUUGUUAUUUUGGAAAGAAAUGAAGACGAACAAAAAUUUAGUCAAUUUAUUGAAUUAUUAAAGAAGAAUGGAGAUAAGGUUGAUAUAAUAAAUAAAAUGACAUUGUUUCAAUUAUUUGAAAAUGGUGAGAAAAAAUAUUCAAGUGUUGUAUUAUUAACACCACAUUACACGUUUAAGAAAGUUUCAGUCAAAGAAUUUAUUCAAUUUAUUGAUGAUGGAGGAAAUAUGGUUAUUACUUUAGGAAAGAAAUACGAAGAUGGAUAUAAACAACUUCUUUAUUCAUUAGAUAUGGAAGUAGAUUCUAAUGGUAGUAAAGUUAUUGAUGAGAAACAUACUGUUAAAAUUGGAGAAUUUGAAAUGAUUUUCUCUAACAAUAUUCAUCAUAACCAAAAUAUCUUUAAUCAACGUAUUCAAAACAUUUUGUUUAGUGGAAUUGGAUUAUAUCUUCCACCAUCUCCACUUACAACAUCUCUUCUUAAAGCACAAAAUUCUGCUUCAACAUCACUAUUUCCAAAUGUUUCAUUUGCACAAGAAACAAAUAUCACAUUGGUGGCUUCACUUCAAGCACGAAAUAAUGCACGUAUUAUUGUUUCUGGUUCUUCAUUAAUGUUUAGUAAUAUGGCAUUUGAUUCAGUCAUUGAACAUCCAACAUUAAAUCCUAUUAAAUCAGACAAUAAAAAGUUUACAGAAAAUGUUAUUGAUUGGGUAUUACAAAGACGUUGUGUUAUUAGAAUGAAAAAUAUUCAUUGGGAAAAAAUUAAUGGAGUAAAAGAAGUUAAUUAUGAUCAUCAAUUAGUUAUUAAUGAUACUAUUAAAGUUAAUGUAGAAUUAGAACAAUUGGAUCAAGGAAAUUAUGUACCAUUUAACGUAGAUGAUUUACAAAUAGAAUUAAAGUUACUUGAUCCUGUCAUUGUCAAAAAUUUCAAAAGAAUAAAUAAUGGAAAAUAUGAGGUUAUUGUCCAAACUCCUGAUAAGUUUGGUGUAUAUACUAUGGUCAUUAAUUAUAGAAGACCAUUCUUAUCUUACUUAGAAUAUAAAGAAACUAUUCCUUUAAGAACUUUUAGAUUGACUCAAGUAGAUAGAUUCUUAACUGGUGCAUAUCCAUUCUAUGCUGCUUGUGCAUCUAUGGCUAUCGGAUUUAUUGUAUUCUCUUUUAUCUAUUUGAACCAAAUAGAAAAGAAGGAAAUAAAACAAGACUAA